AUGUCAUUACGUGCUGCGGCUCUUUGGGACACACUCGUGGGCAUCUUUCUGGCAAUUUCUCCCGUGCUGCAGCAGGCCCAUCAGGCGGUUCAGACAAGUCAGAUCCUUGAUCGCCUUUUUCAGUCUGUCAGUGAAUCGACAUGCUUGCGGUAUUGCCAAUCUUUGCUGCGUUUCUGGCAAGUAUUUGAGGAGCUGCAUGGGAACAUCUGUGGAAGUUUCGAAUGGUUCAUGUUCUUGGAUGCUUUUGCGGUCUUGGCCGGGCAACCUUCAGGCCCGCUUACUGCUCCAGUGAAUGUUCUCAAGGCUUUGCGUUGGAGUAAGAAACUUUUCGAGUUGCCCUGGCCCGACUUGGCUUCGCCGGUGAUUCGAGAUUUGGAGGCUCGACGUCCUGGCCCUCGUCAAGAGUCUGUGCCGUUUCCUGCAGCUUUCAUAGCCUUUCUCGAGGUUGUCGUGAUUCAGGGGGAAAUCUUUCCACGGUUUUACAGGACAAAAGUGACUACGCAGGGCAUGCCCUUCGCUAUCUGGCGUGAAGGCAUUCACGCCGGUUCAGGCUUUUCUUGGGUGGACCACUGGGUCUGGCUUCUUGGCGAAGUUUUCAGUGAGGUUCGUGAAGUCUUGCCAGACUUUACCCUUGAUGUCCUGUUUUUCAACUGGCAAGAUGGUAUUUUUGAGCCUCUUUCCUAUGCAGCUUCUUUGCACGCUCUUCGUGCACUCCUGCAGAAAUCUGGGUUGUUUGCCGCGUCUCAGAUCCAGGAAUUUACACUUCACAGUGCCAAGGCUACAGUUCUUUCCAUGGCUAUACAGUUGAACAUUUCAGAAUUCCUUCGAGCUUUUCAAGGAGUGGCUGGUUGCCUUGCAUCACCAGGCUUCGUGGUGCGGCUCCACCAGUGCAGCAACCGGCUUGUACCAUGCUCUCCUGCGUACCACCUGCUGCGGUUCAUCCUUUCUUUGCGCCUCGUUCUUCUGAACAGCACCGUCAUCAUCUUCGGAGACGGGUGA